AUGGUUUUCAAUGCUGAAAACAGGGCUGACUUCAAGGUGCUCCUUGCUUUGAGCAAGAUGCAAGUUGAGGCAAGGGAGAAGCGGAAGGACGAGGAGACUGAUGGAAGGCAAGGACUGGGACGCAGCUUUCUUCUCCUCUUCUCCCAUCUACAAGACCAGCCGAACAAGCAUCAGACAUUCCAGAACGGUAUGACUACUUACGACGAGACAGAAACAGCCACAAAACCAACACUUGGACGGCCGUUGACGAAGCUUGCCAAUGUCGAGAUCAAGAAGAAGAGCCAAUCACUCUCUACGACCGCCCCGUUUGGGUACGGUGCUUCUGGCCGUGGGUAG